AUGCGUCUGGCCCACAGAAGCCAGACUCUUGAGAAACUGUUGGAGGUUUCUCUGCUCCUCUACACACUAACAGAUCUGGCCAACACAGUGUCCUGCCAGAAUCCGGUGUUCCCCCCGGUGGCUCUGUGGGUGACGGUGGGUCUGGCCGUGUGUUUGCUGGGUUUGCUCAUCGCUCUGGCUGUCGUGUGCCGAAGGAAGAUCCAGGAGAGCUGCGAGGAGAUGAGAGCUGAAGAAGAAGCCAAAGAACUUGAGGAAGCCAAAGAAUUAGAAGAAGCCAAAGAAUUAGAAGAAGCCAAGUCAGCUGCAACACCUCUGAAGAGCUAAAGCUGGAGACCACAGCGUGUUCUGUGGCGAUCUUUCCAUUUGAAUAAAGCGCCAUUAUCUUUAUUCCGUGAAGGACGUUCCGAAGCUCCCGAAGUCUUGACAUUGUGCUUCGGAUAAUAUCCACCGGGUCAACGGGUGCCGUGACGGACUCAUCUGAUACCCCUUU